AUCGUUACCACCACCAUCGAUUUAACAAUAACACUCUCUACGACCGUCCUGAGGCUGCCCAAGCUCAACCAACCAUGUUGGACUCUCCAGAUCGGGCAUACUUAUCUCACUAAAAUCUCUUGCCCAUCUGUUGUACGGUUCUUCCGGCUGGUCAGCGGUAUUGUUCGAAGAGGAGGUACUGUAGAAGCGAGAAUACGAGAAGGAAGCUCCAAACUACAGCUCUUGCCUAUCUCGUCCGCUGGAUGCUUCGGAAGAGGAAUGAUGGAACUCCUCGCCCAGGUUCCAUGGAGACCUCGACGAGUCGUUGCCUGAGCCAGGUGACGGCAGCAACGAAGGCAAAAUGCUUGCGCUAUCUUCGAGGACACCUUAUCUGCCUGUUGCAUGCAUGUGGCGCUGCAGAAAAUGAUUUUUGUUAUCACAGGUAUAGGGAGAUCAAAGCAUGCACCGCUGAUAGGGUCGGCAACAGCCGGAAGAGGAUAGCAGAGUCAAUAGACUCGGAUGGGCUCUCUCAAGCUGUAAAACACGGUCAGCCAUUUCUUCUAGCCCAGGGUAGUAAUAGUCGGGCCUCUGGUCGGCCCUAGUCGGACUCAGAAAUUUCUUUUCUCCAGUCCGCCGCCUCAUACCCCGCUUCAUUUUCUGACGACCAUCUUAAAAGCUGUCACUGUGGGGCAGCACCCGUGCCAGAACAUCCGUCGCACACCCUAGAGUGCAAAGGGUUGUGAAGAUGUCUUUGCACAACUUUUUGGCCUCCCGCGCGAAUGAUCAAUUUGAUCGUGGCGACGUCUCGUUUAUCAUAGCAUGCGGUGCCUUGGUGUUUUUCAUGGUGCCUGGCGUGGCGUUCCUGUACUCUGGCCUAUCUCGUCGCAAGAGUGCGCUGUCCUUAAUUUGGGCUGUUGCUGCAAGUAAUGCUGUUGUCAUCUUCCAAUGGUACUUCUGGGGAUACUCUCUGGCUCUUUCCUCGACCGCGACGAAUGGCUUCAUCGGAAACCUAAGACACUUCGGCCUCCAAAAGGUGCUCGACGCACCUAGUCCGGGUUCCCCUCUUAUACCAGAGCUACUAUACAGCUUCUACCAGAUGGAGUUUGCCUGUGUCACCGUCGCCAUCUUGAUGGGUGCAAUUGCCGAGCGUGGAAGAGUGUUGCCAGCUAUGGUUUUCGUCUUCAUUUGGACGACGAUCGUCUAUUGCCCACUAGCAUGUUGGGCAUGGGCUGUGAAUGGGUGGGGCUUUAAGUGGGGCGUACUUGAUUUUGCAGGUGGUGGGCCUGUCGAGAUUGGGAGCGGGAUCGCAGGUCUGGCCUAUUCAUGGGUCCUUGGUCGUCGGUCUGAGAAGGAACUACUCAAUUUCCGUCCUCACAAUGUAUCCAUGGUUGGUCUGGGUACUUUCAUCCUCUGGUUUGGGUGGCUUGGGUUCAACGGUGGUAGUGCAUUCGGUGCCAACCUCAGGGCCGUCCUCGCUAUAUGGAAUUCGAUGCUCGCUGCUGCCUUUGGAGGAAUUGUCUGGUGUGCGCUUGAUUACAGGAUCGAACGCAAAGUAUCGAUGGUCGGAUUUUGCAGUGGUACUAUUGCCGGUUUGGUUGCUGCAACCCCUGCAUCUGGCUAUAUUCCAACAUGGGCUGCGAUCGUGAUGGGCAUUGUCGUCGGGGCACUGUCCAAUUAUGGCACAAAACUCAAGUUUUUCCUCAGGAUAGACGAUGCACUAGAUUUGGCGGCCGAGCACGCCAUGGGCGGGAUCAUCGGAUUGCUAUUUAAUGGUCUUUUCGCCGACAGUUCUCUGACUGCUUUGGACAAUGUGAACACGGCCGUUCCUGGGGGCUGGAUUGAACACAACUGGAAACAACUCUACAUUCAAUUCGCAUACGUCUGUGCUACUGUUGGGUACACAUUUGUGGUCACCGCACUCAUAGCGAAAGGAAUGGAUAUGAUCCCUUUCCUCCGACUUCGCGCUACCCCUGAGGAUGAGGCUCUUGGCAUGGAUGAUGUCCAAAUCGGAGAAUUUGCAAAUGACUAUGUCGAAGUUCGCCGUGACUACACAGAUUGGACGCUUGUAUACGACAGUGCAGCUCCUGCCCCCGCCACCGCCGGAGAUCGGCAUGGAAGGCCAGAAACCUCGUCUUCCCUCAGCCGUGAUGCAGCUAACAAACCUCGUGCUAACGGGGUCGCGAAUGGUAAUGCUAACGGCGGUCUGUCUUCGAUAUCUGAAAAGCCUAGGGACAUAGAAGAGCACGACAUCGCUACUCUUGCACCGUCUUCAUGACCAUGGCCUUCUGAUACACAUGUCUCUUGUAUCAAAACACUACUCAAAGGUUGUUGGGGCUUCACACUUCACAUUCCUACGCGGACUUUCACUCGUUCAAGGAUUCAACGGAAUUUCUCUAGAUGACCAUUAGUUGUAAUAGUAAGUAGCGCGGCAUCUAUUAGUAUCUAAUACCAUACAUAUCCAAUCGUACGCUACAUACCGUUCCUGGAGCCUGUUAGACGACAUCACGAUCUUUUUGUAAAGAUGAAAGAAUCGCAAAGUCGAACCGUGGUAUGAGUCCGGUA